AGAAGUCAAGAUCGUGGUUGAAAUCGAAGAUGUUCAUGUUGGAAUUCUGUUGUUGGUACCUAAACACGUGAUUGCUUACAUCAUCUCACGAUGCUCCACCGAAGCUCUGUCAAUUGUUGACCUCUAGCUUUCGAAGAAUACCUGUAUCAGAUUCAAGCCUCGCGUCAAUGACAAGACAAGUGUGACUUCUCACCAAUCUCCCACAAUGGCCACGACACCAAACAGCGGCCCCGGCCACGCAGUCCAACUCAACACGCUCCCCCUCCCCCAACUCCACGCCCUCCAAAAGCAACUCAACUCCGAACUCCAACACCUCACUACCUCCUUCCAAUCCCUGCGCACCGCGCAGUCCAAAUUCCGCGACUGCAUGGCCUCGCUCACCACCGCGCUCUCGGCCGCGAACACCGCCCCAGACACCCACAAACCCAUCCUCGUCCCCAUGACCGAGUCGCUGUACGUGCCGGCGACGCUGGCGAGCGUGGAGACGGUUCUGGUGGAUGUGGGGACGGGAUUUUUCGUGGAAAAGGACCGGGGGGAGGCGCGGGAGUUUUAUGAGCGGAAGGUGGGGGAGUUAGAGGAGAGUUUAAAGAAUCUGGAGGGGAUUGUGGGGAGGAAGGCGGAGAAUGUGAAGGCGGUGGAGGAUACAAUCAGAGACAAGGUCCUCGCGGAGAAUGCGCAGCCGGGAGCGGAGGCAGCGAGCGCGGCAUGAUGGUGGAUAUACGGUUCGGCUUAGACGUUAGAGCAGGAGGGUAUAUAAGGACAGGAUGGUGGACACGUGCAUCAUGAUACCCACGGCGCAGAUCCGAAUGGAACGGACGAUUGGCAUACGGUCAUGAACUUCUUUUAUUCAUCUCCAGUCAAAAGAGCGGAGGUAUCCCUGAAUUCUCCCCGACCAGCUUGCACACCGUAGCGUGGGUCAUUAAUGGAAGGAUGAUUUGA